AUGGCAGACAUCCCCAUCUUACGUGGCUGUGGGGCAACAUGGGACAACACGGAGGUUCACGAACCGGACGCACAGGAAGUAUCGGCCUCUAGAGGGAGCAGCCUCCAGAGGGAGCAGCCUCCAGAGGGAGCAGCCUCCAGAGCAGCCUCCAGAGGAGCCUCCAGAGGGAGCAGCCUCCAGAGGGAGCACCAGAGGGAGCAGCCUCCAGAGGGAACAGCCUCCAGAGGGAGCAGCCUCCAGAGGGAGCAGCCUCCAGAGGCCUCCAGAGGAGCCUCCAGAGGGAGCAGCCUCCAGAGGGAGCAGCCUCCAGAGGGAGCACCAGAGGGAGCAGCCUCCAGAGGGAACAGCCUCCAGAGGGAGCAGCCUCCAGAGGGAGCAGCCUCCAGAGGGAGCAGCCUCCAGAGGGAGCAGCCUCCAGAGGGAGCAGCCUCCAGAGGGAGCAGCCUCCAGAGGGAGCAGCCUCCAGAGGGAGCAGCCUCCAGAGGGAGCAGCCUCCAGAGCAGCCUCCAGAGGGAGCAGCCUCCAGAGGGAGCAGCCUCCAGAGCAACCUCCAGAGGGAGCAGCCUCCAGAGCAGCCUCCAGAGCAGCCUCCAGAGGGAGCAGCCUCCAGAGGGAGCAGCCUCCAGAGGGAGCAGCCUCUAG